UUAGAGUUUAAAUUGCUAAAAAAUACAAAUGUCUGGCAUAGUCGUGGGCUAUAAAAAUAUGGUGACUGUAAAUCGAAUUUUAGGCACGCAACCAAAUACAAAAGUUUACCCAAAUUUUGUAUAUAAAUAUAGAAAUUUCGCAUGCAUAAGUAAACAACGCUGGUUAGACGACAACAAAACAAAAUGAAUGAACGUAAGUAGCGCCGCCUUCGCUAGAUCGGGAAAAAACGUCGUAAAUUAUUUGCUAAAAGCGAAGAAGCCUCAACGCUGCUGCUGAACCUGAAUUCUGAGCUUGGACUCUGAGCCAGUUUCAGUUGAUAAUUGGACGUCAGUGUGAUAAAAACCUGAAGCUGCAGACGCUGCCUGAAUAUAGAAACUACAUAUAUAUAGUUAGUAUAUACACUUGUGCCCUUUUUUCGCUUUGGCACAAUGAAAGUGGAGUGGCAUUGAGCUGGCACAACUGACCAAACAGUCUUACAAAACAAAAUAUUAUACUAAAGUAUAAACAAAGCUAAUUAAGCGUCAAUACUUGUGUGGACUUGGUAUAUAAAUACGAAAGUUAUCAGCACCAAAAAAUUAUUAUUCUAAAAGUCGCCGCGAUAAGCGUGCCCUAAAAAGAAAAACAUUUUAGUCAAGUUUAAGAUGCCGCGUCUAGCAGCCAGCUUGGCCUUGCUGCUGUUGCAAGUGUGCUGGAGUCAUGCGUAUGGCAGUGCUGCGCUAAGUGGGCCACGUCCGCCAGUUGGGCCGCGUCCGGUGCGUCAAGUGGAGAGCGUACAGCAGUGGCGUCGUUUGGAGUUCGGUUUUGCCAAUGCGCAGGAUCGUCAGCAGGCUGAGGCUGCGGGCAACUUGCAGCCAGAGAACGGCACGCCCAUAGAUGUUCAGCCCCACUACAAAGCCAAUGGACAAGUGCGUCUAUUUACAACCAUACCACGCUUUGUUGGCGGCAUUCCCUAUACGCUGGCGCUGGUCAGCGAGCAGCAGGCAAGAAAUGGACCCGUGCUUAUGCCUUAUCCCAGCUACGCCUGGCAUAACAAUGGCGAUGACUGCGACAAAAUCACUUCAGCUUUUCGUGUAGCGAUCUCCGAGUGCAAUCAGCUGUGGGUUAUCGACUCGGGUAACAUUGCUGGUGAGCAGGUGUGUCCGCCGCAGCUGCUGCAAUUUGAUUUGAGCAACGAUCGCUUGCUGCAUCGCUUCCGUCUGCCCAACAACACGUACGUGCCACGUGCCUCGCUGCUAAUAACGCCCAAUCUGCUGGUGCAGGAUCCGCCACCACGUGGCAACUGCGCACGCACCACAAUCUAUUUGGCGGAUGUUACGCACCAUGGCUUGGUUAUCUACGAUCAUCAAUUGCAGGCUGCCUGGCGUGCCGAGCAUCGUUUUAUGCAUCCCGAUCCGCAACAUGGCGUGCACACCAUUGCAGGUGAAAGCUUCACCUUGAUGGACGGCAUGUUUGCUGUAAACAAUGACAAGCGUAAUCUGUACUUUCAUCCGCUCGCAAGUGUAAGCGAAUACGCCGUGCCCUUGAGCGUGCUGAAUCGUCGUGAGAAUUGGGCCAAUGGUGUGGAUGCCAUGCCAGAGCAGUUCAAGCUGCUGGGCAGACGCAAGAGUCAAUGCGCCGCCUCUGCCAUGGACAGUCGCAAUAAUUUGUACUGCGUCAGCUUUAAUCCCAUCAAGCUGUUUGCCUGGAACACCAAUACGCCGUAUUCAACACGCAACUUUGGCAACUUGCCUGCCGAUGCCAAUGAGCUGCAGUUUGUGAGCGGCAUGAAGGUGGUCAAAAAUGCAGCUGGCAAGGAGGAGCUUUGGAUGCUGUCCAAUCGUUUCCAGAAGAUUGCAAGCGGCACACUAAAUGCAAAUGAAAUCAACUUCCGCAUGCUGCGUCGCUCCUUGGACGACAUACACGGUGGCGCCUUCUUUGCCAGCGAUGAUGACGAUCUAACCAAUCGAUUGGUCUUUCACUAAUUUGUAAUUUGUAUAGAUUAGCUUAGUUUUUUUUGAAGUGAAAUCAGCGGCUUGUGUGACAAAGUUCAAAGUCUUGUUAUCGCUACACACACACACACAAAUAAAUAUGAAAUAUAUUUAUGGU